CACGAAAUAUAACCCUUUCCCUUAUUUUCCACCGUUGGAUCAUCCACCACGUCAUCGAUCCGCGUGGAUCCCAGAAUCGACGGUCCAGAUCGACCCCCCACCCUCCACCCCCUUCACUUCCGAGUGUGAGAGAACACACACACCUUGCCCGUUCUUCCUCUUUCUUCCCACUGGUUUUUUAAUUCACUAAAUAAUUUCUAAAAAUCAAACAAAUUAAAAGAUAUUUUCUUCCGAAAGUAAUGGCGGUGUUUGAAGAGGACAAAAUUUUUGAGGAGGAAAUUGACGGUGACGAUGACGGCGAUGAGGAGGAAGAAGAAGGGGAGGAGGAGGAGGACGACGAGGAAGAGGAGGAGGAAGUGCUGAACAGCAGCGGCGGUGUGGCACCGUUAUCUGCCAUUGACGUCGAUGAUGACGAGGAUGAAGACGGAGAUAAUGAAGACGAUGAAGGCGACGACGAUGACGAUGAUGACGACGACGAUGACGAUGAAGAUGACGACGAUGAUGAUGAUGAAGAAGGUGUCGAAGAACAGGAAGAGCAGGAUGAUUUGGGCACGGAGUACCUAGUCCGACCAGUGGCUCGUGCGGAAGAUGAAGAAGAUGCAAGCGAUUUUGAACCACAAGAGAAUGGCGAGGAAGAUUUUGAGGAUGAAGAAGAUGAUGACGAGGAUGCUUCUGGAAAAGUGGAGGCCCCACCGAAGAGGAAGCGAUCGAGCAAAGAUGAUGAUGACACAGAUGACAGUGAUGGUGGAGAAGAUGAUGAUAGACCAUCCAAGCGGUAGGGGCAAUCUUGGCAUUUUGUCUGUCAAAAGUCUUACUUUUGUCUCGUCGUAUCUUAUCUUCUUACUUGGUUGUAUUAUCAUGGUAGUAGACAAUCAUCAUUAGGGUCAAAUUUUAUCAUUAAAAUUCGUAAUAUAACUUGUGUUUAGGCAGUUUGGGAACUUUCUGUUAGCUUACUGUGAGCUUACAAGUACACCCCCACAUUAGUUUAGCUGUGAGUUGUCUAGGUUAAUGUAUUCAGUCGAAUGUAUUGGAUAUUUUCGAAUGGUUUAUAUAUUCACAUUUGAG